AUGACACGCUAUACUGCCGUCAUGGUUCAGCGUAAAUGGGAAAUUUUUCCUGGCAGAAAUCGCUUUUGCCUUAAUGGUCGCUUAAUGACUGGACGCGAUAUCGGCUUGGUAUCAUUUACAGGAUCCUUGAUAGUCGUAUGUUGUUGUCUUUUUAUUGCCUUUGAUGGUGUUUAUCUGUCUCAUAAAUUGAGCAUUGCUGUCCCCAUUAUUGGUGCCAUCCUCUUCCUAUUUACUCUCACUUGCCUUCUGAGAACGACAUUCACCGAUCCCGGCAUUAUACCCAGAGCCACGGCGAGUGAAAUUGCGUAUUUAGAAAGGAUGUUUAUUGUUGAUCCAACAAAUGGUGAUGGCCCUACUGCUUAUCGACCACCUCCAAGAGUAAAAGAGAUCACUGUUAAUGGUGUACCAGUAAAGUUGAAAUAUUGUUAUUCCUGCAAAAUUUUUCGUCCUCCACGAGCUUCCCAUUGCAGCUUUUGCGAUAAUUGUGUUGAAAAUUUCGAUCAUCACUGCCCAUGGGUUGGCAAUUGUGUCGGCAAAAGGAAUUAUCGAUACUUCUUUCACUUUUGUCUCUCUGUAUCCGUUCUUUGUAUCUAUAUCUUAGGCUUUUCAAUCACAAACCUGGUUUUAAUUCAAACGGUUAUUAUUUUCUUAACUCGUCGCACUGUUUUCAACGGAAUAGUAUCAUUUCUAGCGUUGUGGUCUGUGGUAGGACUAUCAGGAUUUCAUUCUUAUUUGAUAUAUAAUGGACAAACCACAAACGAACAGGCAAGUUUUUGUAUUAAGGGUUCGUGGGCCGCAAGGCGCGGUGAAGCAACCAGUAAUCCAUAUAGUCAUGGUUCUGCUUUAGAGAAUUUCCUUGCAGUAUCGUGUGGGCCUUUUCCACCUAGUUUAAUCGAUGUACGUGGGACUGUUGGUCCAGAAGAUGAAGAGGCACUUGCUUUGCAUAAGCGAGCUACAGCUAUGCCCUAUCAAGUAGGUCUAUGA